ACGGGUACAAAGGAGUCACAUUCCACAACUGGGCAGAGACCUACGGCUGUUGUCCGGAGAUGUACUAUCAGCCCACGUCCGUGGAGGAGAUCAGAGAGGUGCUGGCCUUGGCCAGGCAGCAGAACAAGCGGGUGAAGGUGGUGGGUGGUGGCCACUCUCCCUCAGACAUCGCCUGCACCGAUGGCUUCAUGAUCCACAUGGGCAAGAUGAACCGGAUCCUCCAGGUGGACACAGAGAAGAAGCAGGUGACCGUGGAGGCCGGCAUCCUCCUGGCUGACCUGAACCCACAGCUGGACAAGCAUGGCCUGGCCUUGUCCAACCUGGGAGCCGUAUCAGAUGUGACUGCAGCUGGCGUCAUUGGGUCUGGAACACACAACACGGGGAUCAAGCACGGCAUCCUGGCCACCCAGGUGGUGGCGCUGACCCUGCUGACGGCUGAUGGCACCAUGCUUGAGUGCUCCGAGUCCCACAACGCGCGCGUGUUCCAGGCCGUGCGGGUCCAUCUGGGCUGCCUUGGAGUCAUCCUCACCAUCACCCUGCAAUGUGUGCCGCAGUUCCACUUGCAGGAGACAUCCUUCCCUUCUACCCUGAGAGAGGUGCUUGACAACCUGGACAGCCACCUGAAGAAAUCUGAAUACUUCCGCUUCCUCUGGUUCCCUCACAGCGAGAACGUCAGUGUCAUCUACCAGGACCACACCAACAAGCCUCCUUCCUCUUCGUCCAACUGGUUUUGGGACUAUGCCAUUGGAUUCUACGUACUGGAGUUCCUGCUCUGGAUCAGCACUUUCCUGCCGGGCCUCGUGGGCUGGAUCAAUCGCUUCUUCUUCUGGCUCCUGUUCACCAGGAAGAAAGAGAGCAGCAACCUCAGCUACAAGAUCUUCACCUAUGAGUGUCGUUUCAAGCAGCAUGUCCAGGACUGGGCCAUCCCCAGAGAGAAGACCAAGGAGGCCCUGCUCGAGCUGAAGGCCGUGCUGGAGGCCCACCCCAAGGUGGUGGCCCACUUCCCCGUGGAGGUGCGCUUCAGCCGGGGGGACGACAUCCUGCUGAGCCCCUGCUUCCAAAGGGACAGCUGCUACAUGAACGUCAUCAUGUACAGGCCCUACGGCAAGGACGUGUCGCGGCUGGACUACUGGCUGGCCUACGAGACCAUCAUGAAGAAGGUCGGAGGCAGGCCCCACUGGGCCAAGAACUUGCUCCCUUCUGUUUGGGUCUCUACAUUAUGUGCCCACAACUGCACCCGGAAGGACUUUGAGAAAAUGUAUCCUGCCUUUCCGAAGUUCUGUGCCAUCCGAGAACAGCUGGAUCCCACUGGGAUGUUUCUGAAUGCAUACCUGGAGAAGGUGUUCUACUGAAACAGAAAGAGAAAACAAGUCGAGGCGACCCCAUCCACCCCAAGAGCGACCUAUCAUGAGGUUAAAGGCUCAGUGUCCCACUGGCCUGAUGGGAAACAGAUCUUCCCCGGGCGCUCUGCUACAGAGCCCAGACUGCUCUGACCAGCAGUGAUGGGCCUGGUUCUGGGCAGGAACUCCUGCCUCCUUUAUCCUUUAUCACAGCAACCCAUGCAAGGAAGAGCACCCAAAUCCCCAUUUAUAGCUCUAGGUGGCACCCCCUUUUCCUGAGCCUACAAUGACCACAUCCUGUUUUCCCAGGAGAGAAAGAAGCCCCAAAAUGUUAUGUUUGUGUAGGAGCUCAGGGAUUCAGUCAUUCAUAGAUUCCACCUAUCAGCUGGCUGUUUGUAGCUCCAGGGGUCCCCUCUCCAACCCUCUUAGGAAAAGGCAUAUUGGUAUAUUGUUUGGGCACUGAAGUCUUGCAUACUGUGCUCUGCUUCCUUUCAGUCUUGGGGAGGUCUUUCAAAUGCUCAGGUGAGUGCCCCCCUGCCCUAGGACUGCCCUCUCCCACGUGGGUCCACCUGUCCAUCUGACCUUCCAUAGCCUGACCUUCAGCAUGUCUGUUUCAGGGGAUAUUUGGGAAGUGGGACUCGCCUUGCCUUCUUUUUAAUAAAGGUCAA